AUGGGGCCGCCCGCCUGGCCGCUCCUGUGCGCGGCGCUGCUCCUGGAGCAGGCUACCCAGGCCCGCGGCGGCGGCCAGGAGGCGGCGCGCAGCGGCGCCCCGGGGAGGCACGGGGGGCGCGCGGGCUCGUGCGACGAGGACGACGUGGGCCUGCUGCAGGCCCCGAGGUUGCCCGAGCCCUCGCGGCCGGGGAGCUCCCAGGGCUCCGCCAGGCCGGAGUUCCUCGCGCUGGAGCGCCUCAGCGACGCCAACCUGGCCGGGCUGACGGGUGCGAAGGGCGCUGGCCUGCGGUUGGACUCGGCUCGCUGGGCCGAGAUCUUCCGAGAGCUGGACAAGGACGGCGACAACGUGAUCGAAGACUCGGACAUGCUCGCGGGGAACUUCACGCUCCUUCACCAUAACGUGUCGUUCACAGACUAUUGA